AUGACAUGCUUUGUGGCAGGGCUGUCGAUGUGCAGUUCUUCUCUUAGCUGCCACACCCGUUGUUGUGCUGUUAUAACCCAUGCUGGAUACACGUUCAAUGUUCAUAUUUUGCAAAGGAUGAAUGGAUGUGAAUGGGAUGAUGAGACUGAAGAGAUUAAUGGGUUCAAUCAAUAUGGAUACGAUGGAGAAGACUUUCUAUCAUCGGACCUACAGACACUGACAUGGAUCGCUCCAAAACCACAGGCUAUCAUCACCAAACUGAGAUGGGAUGCUGAAAAACCUAGAUUAAAUUACAAUAAAAACUUUUACACGCAUGAAUGCCCUGGGCUUUUAAAGAAGUAUGUCCACUACAGGAGAAACCUUUUGCAGACAGCAGUUCUUCCUUCAGUGUCUCUCCUUCAGAAGUCUUCCUCCUCUCCAGUCAGCUGCCACGCUACAGGUUUCUAUCCUGACAGAGCCAUGAUGUUCUGGAGGAAAGAUGGAGAGGAGCUUCAUGAAGGUGUGGAUCUGGGAGAGAUCCUUCCCAACAAUGAUGGGACCUUUCAGACGAGUGUUGAUCUCAAUGUUUCAUCAGUCACACCUGAAGACUGGCAGAGGUACCACUGUGUGUUUCACUUCUAUAGUGUGAACAAUAACAUCAUCACCAAACUGGACCGAGCAGUAAUCAGGACCAAUAUGAAGAAUCCCACUGACAUUGGAGCUGCAAUCGUUGUUCUAGUUAUCGUUUCCAUUGCAGUUGUGGUAAUCCUGGCAGCCGUGGCAGCUGUGGCAGUCGUUACCAAAGAAGAAAGGAAGGAGCGUGGAAGACAAGAGCAGUGA